AUGAUUUACCUCAUUUCCCUCCCCACAUCAUGGGCUGGCGAAAAUGACACCGACGCCGAGCUUGGGCAGUCCGAUCCGUGGUGGGCUUUUGGACUGUCCUUCAAUACCCUCCUUGUUGUCCUGGGCCGUACAAACCCCCAUUCAUUCCACGCAUGGCAGUUCUGUCUCGUCUGCUUCGGAGGGCCAUUUACCAUCGCUUUUGCGCUGCUUUUUAUUUCAACACGAGCUCGUGGACCUAUUUAUGGCCAAGCCUACGUUUGGUGUAGCGUUAGUGAUAAUUGGCCAAACGUUCGAGUCUUUUCCUCUUACAUCUUCGUAUGGUCUUGUAUCGUUGGUUCAGUCGUCCUGAAUAUCAUCGUUGGCUACCGCAUCUUUCACUCAAGGAAUCAAAUCCGAAAUUUUUCAAAUUCAAUGGAUUCAACCAAGACUGCCACACGCAACGCCGAGAAUGCUGCAUAUCCGGUGCUCGUCGCUGAAGACUUUGUCACCCUGGCGCCAGUUCCCUAUAUUUCGCUGCCUGUGCCAUUACAUGCACGAGCAACAUUAGGGGUUCUCGAAGGCUCAAUGUACGAGACGCCGGAUCACUACCGAUCGACAAUCAUUUCAAAUAAACCUCGCGAUUCGAGUUCGCGAAAACACCGAGUACACCGCACCAUAAUGGUAACCAGGGGAGUAAUAUCGAAAUGCCGUGUUGAGGACCCUGUGAAGAGGGUAUAUCUACGCGCCACAUUCCUCUUCACUUUCAGCGUCGUCGUCUCGUGGACGCCAGCAACCAUUAACCGCUUUCAUAGCUUUAAGUACGGGCACUCCCCAUUCCCGUACCAAAUUGCGACUGUGUCCCUUCUGCCACUCCAGGGUGUCUGGAAUGCCAUCAUUUUCUUUGUGACUAGCCAUAAAAUUAUGGAGGACUGGGCGCAGGAUCAACGGACUUUGAGGGUUUCUAGGCCGACAAUUGAUACAGAGGAGGCGGCGAUAAGGACACCCGCUAGAGGUUCGAAUAUGUAUGAGGACCUGGAUCCUACUGAUUCGGGAGGUGGCAUUGAGCUGGGCCAGGUAGAAGAAGAAGUGGCGAACAGAAGUAAUUUCAUCGAAGCAGCAUAG